AAUCCCUCGAACAAAUAUGGGAAUACCAAAAUUUUUUAGGUGGCUGGUUAGGCGUUACCCUAUGAUCCUUGCAGACAUAAAGGAAGAAAAUGAUGUCCCACCUAUAGAUAAUCUCUACCUGGAUUUAAACGGAGUCGUUCACAAUGCAACUCACUCUAAUGAUCCCAAGAAGCUGGAAAGAAUCAGUAAAGCGAAAGACUUCGAAGUCAUCUGGGCUGAAGUGGUCCAAUACAUAGAUGAUAUCAUUCAUCUUGUCAAGCCCAAGGAGAUGAUCAUGUUUGCUGUUGAUGGAGUUGCCCCACGUGCUAAGAUGAAUCAGCAAAGAUCCAGGCGUUUCAAAACAGCACAGGAAAGACACGAGCUGAAGAAACUUGCAGAUGAUGCUUUGAUUGAACAAGAUCCCGAGCUACAAGUGUCUGAUAUGUUUGAUGUGAACUCUAUCUCACCAGGAACAGACUUCAUGGUGGAGUUGAACCGCAAGUUGGAUUACUACAUUCAACAUAAGAUAAACACUGAUCCUCUCUACUCGAAGAUAAAGAUAAUCCUCAGUGGAAGUGAUGUCCCUGGAGAAGGAGAACACAAGAUUAUGGAGUACAUCAGAGAAUACAAAAACUCUGAUUACUACCAUGAAGGCACCAGACACUGUAUUUAUGGACAAGAUGCUGAUCUGAUCAUGCUUUCCUUGCUCAGUCAUGAGCCAAACUUCACCAUUAUCAGAGAAGAGGUGAAAUAUAAGCGUGAACAAGUUGAAGGAAUUGUUAGGAACGAAUUUAUCAUGACCAACAACUUCCAACUGCUCUACCUUCCUGUGCUCAGGCAGUACCUUGACAUGGAAUUUAAGCCAGUGAUUGAGAAAUUGGAGCUAGAGUACAACCUCGAACGAGUCAUUGACGACAUUAUCUUUUUCUGCUUCUUUGUUGGAAAUGAUUUCUUACCAUCCUUGAGUGUACUCGAUAUUGCAGAAGCAAGUGUAGAUACUCUCUUCGAGAUCUACAAGACAACUCUCUCCGACAUUGGUGACUAUGUCACCGAGAACGGACUGAUUUACUGGGAUAGAGCUGAAAAGCUUAUCGAGGGACUAGCAUCCCACGAACUGGACGUCCUUCAUUCCAGAAUGAAAAAGAUCAUGAACUUUGAGAAAAGAGCUGAAGACCAAGAGGCCCAGUUCUUCAAAGGCGUCCAACGUAUCCAAUACUUCAAACUCAAAGAGAAAAAGCAUGAGUUGAUCAAACAAAAGAAGCAGAACCUAGUAGACAGACUUGUUAAGGAAGGAAAAGACAAAGAAUACAAGCGCAACAAGGUUGCCAAUAGACCAAGAGAGCUAGUCAAAAUGAAGCUCGAAAUUAAGAAAAAGGAUAAAGCUCUUAAGAAGAGAAGGGACAACGACGGCCAAGAAUACCAAAGCAACAGCCAAAAGCUUCCCUUUGGCUUUAUCAAGACUGGCUCUAGUGACUCUAGUGACAACGAUAAUUGGCUAGAAGAGGAUUAUCAUGAAAAACCAGAAGAAAGCGAAGAGUUAGCUGAGAUAAACCAAAAGCCAGACGGACCUGAUGAUGCUACAGUCAAGGAAGAGAAAAAGGAGUCCAAGAAAGAGCAAGUAGUUGAGAAAGCUCCUGAAAACCCUGAAGAAGGAAAGACUGAAGCGAAGAAAGCACCUGAAGACUCUAAAGCUACUGGAGAAGACCAAGAAGAGACUAUUGAUACAAAUGUUGACACCAAAAAUCCAGAGGAAUCAAAGGACUUCUUUGACGGUGAUGGAGAGCUCAGUGAUCUCGAUAUCAAAGACCUAGAUGACUCCGAUGUUAGUGAUGUUGAUAUUGAAGAACUUGCAGAGAUUGAGGAAGGAGUUGAAGGCUCUCUCAACAAAGACAUGAUUGUUCAGCUCAAAAUUGCAGAAGAGAGCAGAAGGAAAAAUCAGUCAUUUGUCAAGAAUCUCUGUGAAAGAUAUAAAGAAAAUCCAAAUUCUGCAAAGGCUUACUACUAUAAAGAGAAAGUAGAUUUUGAUGUCUACACGAUUGUUGGAAAAGAAUGCAGAAAUGAAAUGCUAAGAGAAUACCUUAUUGGAAUGCAAUGGGUUCUCUUCUAUUACUACAGAGGAGUACAGCACUGGGGUUUCUAUUACAAAUACCAUUACCCACCAAUGAUUUCAGACAUCACAAACAUUACUGAACUUUUGGGCGGAACUUCUACUAUUGAGAACUUUGAUUCUUGCACAAGUGAGAAUAGACCUUUCUAUCCAUUCGAACAAUUGUUAACUAUUCUUCCACCAGAUUCAAUCCAAAACUUGCUGCCUAAAUGCUAUUAUGACAACUUCAUUGAGAAUCCUACUUUCAAGGAAUUUUACCCACUCACAUUUGAUAUGGAUCUGAACGGAAGAUCAAUGCCUUGGGAAGCUAUCGUCUUGAUCCCCUUCAUUGAUGAGAAAGUCCUCAUUGCUUAUGAAAAACAACUUUCUGAGGAAGGAAAGCUCGUCAUGGAACAAAAGGAUAUCGACAGAAACAAGAGAGGUAUUCAAAAGAUGUACUAUAAAGAACAAACCCUCUCUUCUUUUCCGAUCCCUGAACCUGAGUUCCAUGGAUUCAAUUUUGGAGAGAAGAACCAUUGCAAGAUUGUAGAACAACCUCCAGACAAUGAAGAGUACAUCGGUGUUCAUUUCAUUGAUUAUAAAAUGACCCACACAAAGCUUGUAGAGGAUUAUCCAACCCUCGAAAAUCUCCACAUCAGCAAAGUGGCUCUGCUACCUCGUAACAUGAAAGGUACUAGGUUUGAGAUCCCACAAGUGUACAUCGAUCAUGAAUGGGUAAAAGAUUUUAACAUCACAAAACUAGCCAAAGAGUUUGUGUCAAGAAAGAGAGAAGCUGUCUACAUCGAUUACCCAUUCAAGAGAGAAGCAUUCGUUUACAGUAUAAUCUCCCAUGAUGAAUAUUAUGAUGUAUACAACAGUUGGUUAGCUGGUACUGAUAGAAGACUUAUCCAAGAGACAACAGAUCAGCAAUGGUACGAAGCUACGUCAAACUGUGACAGAGCUCUUAAUGCUUUCAACAUCAGCUGUCCCAAGAUUGAUGUGAUUGUAGGAAUCAAUAGAGUAACAGGCGUUAAUUGGAAUCAAUAUACGAAUACAUAUGAGAAGGAGUACAAACCUGAAGUCGAAUAUUUCCCACUACAGAUGCUGAGUUUCGACAGAGAAGACAGUCACUACCUCAACCUGACUAAAAGAAUUCAAGAGCCACUCUCAAGGUUUGAAACUUAUAGAAAAGUUAUGCUCUGUGAUGAGAACUUCUUUGGAUUAACCGCUAUGAUCAAAGGGCCUACCCCAGAUGGGGAAUUGAACUCUAACUUCAGGUACUAUGACGUGUCUAUCAACACCAAGAAGGAACAAUCAAAGAUCAGAGAUCUUUUCUUUGCCAAAAAUAUCAUUCAAAAGAAAAUGAUGCAUGAGACCAAGUUCUCAAGCAUUGAUCAUAUUGCCAAGAGGAUCAGGAAGUCUUUCCAGGUCAUUAACAGAAUUACAAGUAGUAUCUUUAUCAAGUACGUUGAGAAUGGAGAGAAAAAGACAGUAGAUAUUGGCCUCAAGCUAAGAAAUAACAACAAGAAGCUACAUAUCCCUAUUGAUGUGGUGUAUUCAGAGAAGGUCAACAAAUACACCAACUAUCCUGAACAAUUCUGGGGCUUUUCUGAUAAGGCAGAAAGGGUGAUUUAUGACUACCUGACUACCUUCCCAUGGCUCCAGGACUACAUUGAUGCAAGAGCACAUCACGAAGCUGGAAUGAGAAAUAACAGUUACUCGUCCAAAGACAAUAGGCUUAACAGACUAGAAGAUGCUAUGCCAUUCAUUGAAACUGAAGAAGAGAGAGUUCUUGAGCUUAACAGACUCACUGAAUGGCUCUCCAACUGUGAACUAGCCAACAGAUCCUUCGUGCCAGCCGGUUUCAGAUUCUUGUCUAUUGAAUCUAGAGAUGAAAUCGAAAAACAACUUGAGGAAAAGAAGCAAGAAAAGUCAUCCAAAAUUCCAAGUGAGCUCACUAAAGUAGAUCCAAGAUGUAUCUUUGCUGAAAUGUACCCAUUUUGGAAUGGACCAUUCAAGUAUGAAGUAAAGAGCUUCAGAUUUGGUGAUAGAGUUGCCAAUAUUGAUACUUCAAGAAGAAAAUACAUCCCAUUCGGAGACAUUGGAACAGUUGUAGGAUACACUCUUGAUAAGGUCAUUGUGAGGUUUGAUGAGCCUAAUGUCACCCUCACAGAUGUCCAUGAUACAUGUCCUCCAUAUACAGGUGCUGUAGUUGCUCCAAAUAGUUUGAUCAACCUGACUCACCAGGCUGAGCUAAAGUUGCAGACCAAGGACAAGCAAAAUAUCAGACAGGCUCCACCCAGCAAAGGAAAGGGAGGCUAUCAGAAGAACUACAGAGAGGGGCCUCCUCAAGGUAAAAAGGGUGGAUAUGGACAGGGUAAAGGCCACUAUGGGCCAUCCCACGGCAAGGAAGAAACCAAGGAUUCUAGAGGGUAUACUUCUUAUGGCAAGUUUAACCCUAAAGACAGAAAGAGAAACAAGAAGAACUAUGAAUGGGCUUAAUUUGAUCCAAUAAGCUUUGCUCAAAACGG